UCAGUUGGAGCUGUAGUGAAGAGCAAUUAAAUUAAAAUGAGGUCGUGGGACAACUGGCAACUGAAAGGAAAACUGGGCCAGGGCGGCUUUGGCGAGGUCCUGCACUGGCUGAAUAGUAACACGGGCCAACAAAUAGCCACAAAACAUAUCAAGGACGUGAGUUCGCUGGGGGCCGAUCAGCAAGUCAAGUUGAAAGAGCGAUGGAUGAAGGAGUUGGAGUGGACGCGAUCGAUACAGAAACUCACAAACAUCGUUGCUGGCGUUUGCUUAAAGAAUGAGGAUGCCUCCUUCGUGGCCUAUCUGAAUAAAAAUCACAUCUGCCAAUUGCCCGUGAUCAUCCUGGAGUACUGCAACGGCGGAGAUGUGCGCCAGCUUCUGCAGAGGCCCGAAAAUGCUAACGGACUGGCGGAGUUCGAGGUGCGGCAGAUACUGAGGGACUUGGCGCAAGCCCUGCAGUUUCUGCAUUCCGAGUGCAAGGUGUGCCAUCGCGACCUCAAGCCCGACAACAUUGUGAUACACCGCCAGACGGAUGGAUCGAAGACAUACAAGCUCACGGAUUUCGGUUUAGCACGCGGUGCCCCCGACCAGACGAUACUGCAGAGUAUGGUGGGCACACGGCACUACUUUGCUCCCGAGGUGGUGGAUACGGGCAUGUACAACACUGCGGUGGACUAUUGGUCGCUCGGUAUCAUUGCCUAUGAGCUGGCGACCGGAGAGGUGCCGUUCAUACCCCACCAGACGCCCAGGAACAUACUAGUAAAUCUGCUAAAGAAGACGCCAGACUGCAUUGCCAUUACGGAGGAUCCGCAGGAUGCUAAUCGCUUUCUGUUCCAAACAGAAUUGCCAAAUGAGCACCAUCUGACAGAGCCAUGGGCCAAAGAGUUCACCAUGUGGCUCCGCCUGGCCCUCGACACCGACUACAAGCGACGCGGCCAAUUGGCAUCUGAUGAAGUACAUUCGGGUUUCGUUCCGCUCGUCUUCUCCACACUCGACAGUCUCCUUCAGAUACGCGUGCUCACCAUUUUCGCUGUGAACUGCUUUAAGCGUCUGGAGUACGUCGUCACGAAGGACAUGACAAUGCAGGACUUGAAAGCUUUGAUUUGUCAAGACACAAACAUAGCCAAAGACGAUGUAUACUUUGUCCUGCCUACCUAUCAUCCGUACGAGACGAUCAAGCCAACCACCAAGCCCCUGGAUCUCUAUGUCGAGAAGUGGAGCGACACCAGCAGAGAGACGCGCAAAUCGACCGAAAUACCCCCACCCCCUGUGAUGUUGUUCGUCUUCCAGGCCACGGAAAACUGUGUCUAUGACGUCUGCAAACCGAGGGUCUCAAAGCUGAUUUUGAUCUGCAACGUGAGCAGCUUCCAAACGGACAAGCCCUGGCUGCUGAAGCGCCUUGCGCUGGACAUGCACUACAUGCUCAUGCAACAACAGAAGGACUUGGAAAUGUUCCUCACGGGCUUCCGUGAACUGGCCCUGCUGGUGGAGCAUGAGAUUGUCACCAACCAGUUCAUUGCGGCCAUUAACGAUGCAAUACUCACCACUUCGGAUGCAUAUAAAAUGCUCCAGAAACUGCGCACAGCGGCUGUCGAAGAGAAAAAGUUUUCUAUUCAGGUAAAUGACAACGACUGGAAGCUGCUUGUAAACACUUACCAGGAGACGAACGCCAGUGCCAUACACAUCAAGGAGCGUUUCGAAUCUGUUUUGAGCGGUACCCGCGAAAUUCUGAAGACCACCAGUCGGCUUUUAAAUCGAUAUGUAGAAAGCGAUGUGUUUGGUUUGGCUGCCUUUGAACGUGAUUCUUUGGGUGGAAUAUCCCUCGCACACUUCCGCAAAGCUGUCAAGCUGUUUAUCACGACUAGUUCAGAUGAGGAGAAACUGGUAAAGACCGAGUCCAAGCCUUGUGAUAAGCUGAAUUUGCUAUUCAUCAAGACCAAGGGGGCUAUGAGGACAGCCAUGAUGAAAUUCAGCGAAAUCAAAGAGCAGAUCUUUCAAUUGCAUUUAAAGAUGUUGUCCACCGCUGCAUCGGCAUCUAUCGGCAUCUCCGGCCCAUCUUCAAUGCUGCUGCUGAACGAAUCCAUGGGUCGACUGACAAUGGCCAACUCAAUGGGCGACAGCUCGGAUUUUGAUUCUCUAACAACGAACAAUGUUAUCGACAAGGCAGCCCGUCUCAUUGAGAUGCUUAGAACUGACAUGGAAAUCGAUUCGUUAUAGUUUCUCCCGCUCAGGAUUCAGCAAAUACUGCCAGAAGAUAUUUAAUCAAAAG